AUGGCCCAAUUAUCCGCUCCAAUCACUCCUCCUAUGGAGUCCACCGGCGACCUCAUGAUGACCCUCGAGACCCAGGACGGCAUCGCCUUGCAGGGCUACUCGUUUGGUGCACCUGUUGCUGCUGCCGGUGAGGUGGUGUUCCAGACCGGUAUGGUAGGCUACCCCGAGUCUAUCACCGAUCCUUCGUACGAGGGCCAGAUCUUGGUCAUCACCUACCCUUUGGUCGGUAACUACGGUGUCCCCGACAGACAGUUGCUCGACGACGACUACUCGCCUGCGUUGCCCAAGUACUUCGAGUCCUCUAAAAUCCAUAUUGCUGGUUUGGUGGUCGCCCACUAUACUGAGGAAUACUCGCACUAUUUAGCCAAAUCGUCUUUGGGAAAAUGGUUGCAAGAACACAACAUUCCCGCCAUCUACGGAGUGGACACCCGUGCCUUGACCAAGCGGUUGAGAGACAACGGGUCCACUCUUGGUAGAUUGGCGUUGCAGAAGCUGCUGGUCGCUGCAGACACCAUUUUGGCGUCGCAGGGCGACUGGAAGCAGCACUUCGAGAUCCCCCAAUGGGAUGACCCCAACGUCAAGAACUUGGUGGCCAAGGUGUCUACCAGCAAGCCGGUGUUGUACACUCCCAAGGAAGGCGCCAAGUUGGGCAAGAACGGAAAACCCAUCAGAAUUGUCGCUGUCGACGUGGGUAUGAAGUACAACCAGAUCCGUUGUUUCGUCAGACGUGGUGUCGAGUUGUUAGUGGUCCCAUGGGACUACGACUACACCACCGAGGAGUACGACGGGUUGUUCAUCUCCAACGGUCCCGGUGACCCCUCGGUCAUGACCGAAACCGUGGCCAGAUUGGCCAAGGCUUUGGACGAGGCCAAGACCCCCAUCUUCGGUAUCUGUUUGGGCCACCAGUUGAUGGCCAGAGCCACUGGUGCCACCACCAUGAAGUUGAAGUUCGGUAACCGUGGCCACAACAUCCCUUGUACCUCCACCAUCUCGGGCAGAUGUUACAUCACCUCGCAAAACCACGGUUAUGCAGUGGACACCAACACCUUGGCCGCUGGCUGGAAGGAAUUGUUCGUCAACGCCAACGACGGCUCCAACGAAGGUAUCUACCACGAGACCAAGCCAUUCUUCUCGGUGCAAUUCCACCCAGAGUCUACCCCUGGUCCAAGAGACACCGAGUUCUUGUUUGAUGUGUUCAUCAACUCUGUGGUCGAGUUCAACCAAUCUGCGGUUUUCAAGCAGGUCGCUUUCCCCGGUGGCUUGAUCGAAGACAACAGAGCUGCCCACCCCAGAGUCGACGUCAAGAAGGUUUUGGUCUUGGGUUCCGGUGGUUUGUCCAUUGGUCAAGCCGGUGAGUUCGAUUACUCCGGUUCCCAGGCCAUCAAGGCGUUGAAGGAAGAAGGUAUCUACACCAUCUUGAUCAACCCCAACAUCGCCACUAUCCAAACCUCUAAGGGUUUGGCCGACAAGGUCUACUUCUUGCCUGUCACCCCAGAAUUUGUCAGAAAGGUCAUCAAGCACGAACGUCCAGACGGUAUCUACUGUACCUUCGGUGGUCAAACUGCCUUGUCCGUUGGUAUCAGUCUUAAGGACGAGUUCGAGAGCUUGGGUGUCAAGGUCUUGGGUACUCCAAUCGAGACCGUCAUCACCACUGAAGACAGAGAAUUGUUUGCCAACGCUAUGGAAGAAAUUGGUGAAAAGUGUGCUAUGUCCGAAGCUGUCAACACUGUUGACGAAGCCAUCAAUGCUGCCAACAACAUUGGUUACCCAUUGAUUAUCAGAGCUGCCUUUGCUUUGGGUGGUUUAGGUUCAGGUUUCGCUGACAACGAAGAAGAAUUGGUUGCCUUGUGUAACAAGGCGUUCGCCACUUCUCCACAAGUCUUGGUUGAAAGAUCCAUGAAGGGCUGGAAGGAAGUUGAAUACGAAGUCGUCAGAGAUUGUUUCGACAACUGUAUCACUGUUUGUAACAUGGAAAACUUCGAUCCCUUGGGUAUCCACACUGGUGACUCCAUUGUGGUCGCUCCAUCCCAAACCUUGUCCGAUGAAGACUACAACAUGUUGAGAACCACUGCCGUCAAUGUCAUCAGACACUUGGGUGUUGUUGGUGAGUGUAACAUUCAGUACGCCUUGAACCCAUUCUCCAAGGAAUACUGUAUUAUUGAAGUCAACGCCAGAUUGUCCAGAUCUUCCGCUUUGGCCUCCAAGGCUACCGGUUAUCCAUUGGCCUACACUGCUGCCAAGUUGGGUUUGAACAUUCCAUUGAACGAGAUCAAGAACUCGGUCACCAGAUCUACCUGUGCUUGUUUCGAACCAUCUUUGGAUUACGUUGUUGUCAAGAUCCCAAGAUGGGACUUGAAAAAGUUCACCAGAGUUUCCUCCUUAUUGUCUUCCUCUAUGAAGUCUGUUGGUGAAGUUAUGUCUAUUGGUAGAACUUUCGAAGAAGCCAUCCAAAAAGCCAUUAGAUCUACCGACUACCAAAACCUUGGUUUCAACAAGACCUCCGCCUUGAUGUCCAUUGACAUUGACAGCGAAUUGCAAACUCCAUCUGACCAAAGAUUGUUUGCCAUUGCCAACGCCUUGUCCGACGGGUACUCUGUCGAAAAGGUCUGGAAGUUGACCAACAUUGACAAAUGGUUUUUGAACAAGCUUGACGGUUUGAUCAAGUUUGGUAACAAGAUCGCCUCUUUUGGUACCAAGGAAAACAUUCCUGUCAACAUCCUCAAGCAAGCUAAGCAAUUGGGUUUUGAAGAUCGUCAAAUCGCUAAGUUUGUCAACUCCAACGAAGUCGCCAUCAGAAGAUUGCGUAAGGAAGCCGGUAUUAUUCCAUUUGUCAAGCAAAUCGAUACUGUUGCUGCUGAAUUCCCUGCCUUCACCAACUACCUUUACAUCACUUACAACGCUGACUCUUCCGAUGUCAAGUUUGACGAGCACGGUGUUAUUGUGUUAGGUUCUGGUGUCUACCGUAUUGGUUCUUCGGUCGAGUUCGAUUGGUGUGCUGUCAGAGCCAUUAGAACCUUGAGAGAAAACAAGUUCAAGACCAUUAUGAUCAACUACAACCCUGAAACCGUGUCUACCGAUUACGAUGAGGCCGACAGAUUGUACUUUGAAACCAUCAACUUGGAAAGAGUCUUGGAUAUCUACGACUUGGAACAAUCCUCCGGUGUGAUCAUCUCUAUGGGUGGUCAAACCUCCAACAACAUCGCUUUGAACUUGCACCGUCAAAACGUCAAGAUUUUGGGUACUUCUCCCGAAAUGAUUGACAGUGCUGAAAACAGAUACAAGUUCUCCAGAAUGUUGGACAGAAUUGGUGUCGAUCAACCUGCUUGGAAGGAGUUGACUUCGAUUGAAGAAGCUGAAGAAUUCGCAGCCAAGGUCACCUACCCAGUUUUGGUCCGUCCAUCGUACGUGUUGUCCGGUGCUGCCAUGAACACUGUCUACUCCAGAGAUGACUUGGCUUCUUACUUGACCCAGGCCGUCGAUGUCUCUCCAGACUACCCUGUGGUUAUCACCAAGUACAUUGAACAAGCCAAGGAAAUUGAAAUGGAUGCCGUUGCUAAGGAUGGUAAGAUGAUCAUGCACGUUGUUUCUGAGCACGUUGAAAACGCCGGUGUCCACUCUGGUGAUGCCACUUUGAUUGUUCCUCCCCAAGAUUUGGACCCAGAAACCGUCAACAGAAUUGUGGAAGCCACCGCCAAGAUCGGUAAGGCUUUGGACAUCACUGGUCCUUACAAUAUUCAGUUCAUUGCUAAGGACAACGACAUCAAGGUUAUCGAGUGUAAUGUCCGUGCCUCAAGAUCUUUCCCAUUCAUCUCCAAGGUAGUUGGUACUGACUUGAUUGAAAUGGCCACUAAAGCCAUUAUGGAUAUUCCUCUUACUCCUUACCCUGGUGAGAAGUUGCCUCAAGACUACUGUGCCGUCAAGGUUCCUCAGUUCUCUUUCUCCAGAUUGGCUGGUGCUGACCCAGUUUUGGGUGUUGAGAUGGCCUCUACUGGUGAGGUUGCUACCUUCGGUAGAAACAAGUAUGAAGCAUACUUGAAGUCGUUGAUCUCUACUGGUUUCAAGUUGCCAAAGAAGAACAUUUUGUUCUCCAUUGGUUCCUACAAGGAAAAGCAAGAGCUCUUGCCAUCCAUCUCCAAGUUGCACGAGUUGGGCUACAACCUCUUCGCUACUGCUGGUACUGCUGAUUUCAUCAAGGAACACGGUAUUCCUGUCCACUACUUAGAAGUUUUGAGCAAGGAAGAAGACCAAAAGUCUGAAUACUCUUUGACUCAGCAUUUGGCUAACAACUUGAUUGACUUGUACGUCAACUUGCCAUCUUCCAACAGAUUCCGUCGUCCUGCUUCUUACAUGUCCAAGGGUUACGAGUCUCGUCGUAUGGCGGUUGACUACUCUGUUCCUUUGGUCACCAACGUUAAGUGUGCUAAGUUAUUGGUUGAAGCUUUGGCCAGAAACAUCUCGUUGGAAGUCAGCAACAUUGAUGCUCAAACCUCCCACAAGACCACUACCCUCCCUGGAUUGAUCAACAUCACCUCGUUCAUUCCUUCCUUGGAUGACUUCGAAGCCUCCACCAAGGCUUCCUUGGCUGCUGGUUUCACCUUCAAUGCCUUCUUGCCUCAAACCUUGUCUGGAACCACCAUCAACGACUUCGACUCCUUGGUCCAAGCCAUUGACUCGGCUUCUGCUGGUGCUUACACCGACUACUCGUUCUCCAUUGCCGGUUCCGACUCCAACGCUGUUGGUGUUCUUGAAGCCAACGAGAAUGCUGGUGCCUUGUUCUUGCCUUUCAACGACUUGGCUAAUUCCAAGGUUUCUGCCAUCUCCUCUCACUUUGCUUCUUGGCCAGAAAAUAAGCCAAUCUUGACCGACGCCAAAACCACCGACUUGGCCUCCGUGUUGUUGUUGGCUUCCUUGCACAACAGAUCUAUCCACAUUACUGGUGUUUCUUCCAAGGAAGAUUUGGACUUGAUCAGAAUGGCCAAGGACAAGAAGUUGCAGGUCACCUGUGACGUUUCUGUCUACUCAUUGUUCUUGUCCAAGGAUGAGUUCAACUUGCCUUUCUUGCCAUCUAAGGAAGACCAAUUGGAAUUGUGGGCCAACUUGGAAGAUGUCGAUGCCUUCUCUGUUGGAGUCUUGCCAUACUUGAUUGCCAAGGCUUUGAACAAGAACAUUGUUCCUGGCUUGGGNUUCAUGGAGGCCUUACCAUUGUUGUUGACUGCCGUUAAGGAUGGUAAGCUUACCCUUGAAGACAUUACCGCUAAGUUCCACGACAACCCAGCUAAGAUCUUCGGUAUUCCAAAGCAAGAUGCCACUGUUGAAAUCGACUUAGACAGAGUCGUCCGUAGCAAGGACAGCCCUAUCUCCUCGAUCUUCAGUGCCUUGAAGUUGCAAGGAUCUAUUGAGAGAGUGUCUUUCCAUGGUGAAACUGCCUGUUUGGACGGUUCCAUCUUGGCCAAGUCUGCUUCUGGCAACAACGAAGUUGUCUCCAGAAACAAGUUUGUCUCGAACAUUCCACAAUCUCCAACUCUCAACAGAAAGAACAGAAUGUCCUUCUCUUCUGAUGUUCGUCGUCCUUCUUUCACCAAGGAACCUGCUCAAACUCAAGCUGAAUUUGAAAAGUUGGGUUCCAAAUUGGUUAGUCAACCUCCAGUCAACUUGAGUGAAGGUGACGCUUUGGAAAACUACAUUAGAAAGCACAACAGCUUCCUUAGAAACUCAGUCUUAUCUGUGAACGACUUCAGCAGAUCUGACUUGCAUGCUUUGUUCACCGUUGCCCAAGAAAUGAGAUUGUCCGUUGAAAGACAAGGUGUCUUGGACUUGUUGAAGGGUAGAGUUUUGGCCACCAUGUUCUAUGAGCCAUCCACCAGAACUUCAUCUUCAUUCGACGCUGCCAUGCAAAGAUUGGGUGGUAGAGUUAUCUCCAUCGAUUCUCACUCCUCUUCAGUUAAGAAGGGUGAGACCUUGCAAGAUACCGUUAGAUCUAUGGCUUGUUACUCAGAUGCUAUUGUCUUGAGACAUCCAUCUGAGGAAUCCGCUGACAUUGCUGCUAAGUACUCUCCAAUCCCAAUUAUUAACGGUGGUAACGGCAGCAAGGAACACCCAACCCAGGCCUUAUUGGACUUGUUCACCAUUAGAGAAGAAUUGGGUACUGUGAACGGUAUUACUGUUACCUUCAUGGGUGACUUGAAGUACGGCAGACCAGUCCACUCCUUGUGCAAGUUGUUACGUCAUUACCAGGUCAGAAUCCAAUUGGUUUCUCCAAAGGAAUUGCAAUUGCCUGAAGAAAUCAAGGAGGAAUUGAAGGCCAACGGUAUGUUGGUGGCCGAAAGCGAAGUAUUGACCGAAGACUUGAUUGCCAGAUCCGACGUCUUGUACUGUACCAGAGUCCAAGAAGAAAGAUUUGAGGACAAGGCUCAAUACCAGAGAUUGAAGGACACCUACAUCGUCGACAACAAGAUCUUGCACCACGCUAAGCAACACAUGUGUGUCAUGCACCCAUUGCCAAGAGUCAACGAAAUCCGUGAAGAAGUUGAUUUCGACCAAAGAGCCGCUUAUUUCAGACAAAUGAGAUACGGUUUGUUUGUUAGAAUGGCCUUGUUGGCCAUGGUUAUUGGUGUUGACUUCUAG